AUUGGGAGGAGUUUCAAACAAAUGAUGCGGCAGGAGAGGGGGGGGCAUUUCCGGUUUAUAAACAUUCUUGCAGAGCUUGAUCAACCGGGCGAGUACUAUCUUGACCGAGUAAGUGGAAAGUUGUAUAUGUGGGCACCAAAUCACGAUGGGAAUAUACAUUCAUCUGAUGUACUAUAUAUUUCUAUGAUUAAUAAUUGCUUUGAAAUUUAUCCUCCAGCUGAAAAUAUCCAUCUUGAAGAUUUCACUUUAGAAGAAUGCCGAAGGCACGGCGUUUUUGCUAUUAAUAUGAAGGGAAUAAAGCUGUACAAGCUUGAAAUUCGAAAUACUGGUAAUAUAGCCGUAAAUAUAAUUGGAGAUUCAAGGAAUUGCCAGAUUUCACAGUGUUACGUUCAUGAUACUUGCGGGGGAUUAUGGAUGAACGGUGGAAACAGGACAAUCUUAGAAUCUUCAGGCAAUGUUAUACAACACAAUGAAGUAACCCGGUUUGACCGCCUUGGGGCAGCUGGACUUGAAGGUAUUCAUGCAAAUGGCGAUGGUUUCAUCAUCAAAAACAAUCAUGUUUAUGAUGGACAAGGCAGGGCGGUUGUUUUCUUGGGUAAUGACAUCAACAUUAGAAAUAACCUUAUUCAUCACGUGUGUAAAAACAUGUCAAAUUGCCAAGCCUUGAUCUCGUACAAUGACGUGUCGUUUCGUGGGAAUAUAAUUCAGACCAACAUUGUGCAUGAUGUCUAUAAAUUUAUUCCUGGUGGUGCAAAUAAAGCUAUACAUCUUGACAACUUAAUAUCCGGUGUCAAAAUAGUGAAUAACGUAUUCUAUAAUAACGGAAUACACGUAACUAUCGGAGGGGGACAGUAUAACGAAAUCAAAAACAAUGUCAUGUAUAAUGCCAAGUAUGGAAGCAUUAGCGUCGAUACUCGUGGAAUGAAUACAAACCUUAGUAGAAUGCUCGAUGAGCGGUUACAUGCAAUGCCGUACAAUGCAUCCCUGUGGAGUCUACGUUACCCUCAUCUUGCAGACAUUGAUCCUGUACAUGAUGGAUACCCUCCAAUAGGUAAUCAAAUAAUCAAGAAUAUGAUUUAUGCUGCUCCACACACAUAUAUCAUACGUGGAAUUCCUUCACAACUACAAGCCAACGCAUCAGCUUACUUCAACCUAUCACAAACUGGCUUUUCGAGUGGAAGUGGAGACCAUGUAGAUGUAUCCCAACGUGAUCUUAGGGUAAUAUGUAGGGCUAGAACGUGGGCAAGCAUUAUUGGAUUUCAUCAAGCAAUAACUCCUAAUUAUGUCGGUCCGUCUUAUCCUGUUGGCCCAACUUAUCUAAACAGAGGGAGAGUGCACCUCGUUAAUACAACUGUACCUUCAAACUGUACGACAAAACCCCCACCAACAGAACAACCAGUCCCUUCAUAUAUACCUGAUGGUUCAAACGGAAAUGAGGUGUUCCACAGAGUGGAUAAAACAGGUUGCUGGUUGAAUGUUACGAAAUGUGCCAAACACCCUACCACUAUCGGUGCAUACAGGGACAUGUAUGGCGAGCGUUACCGUAACGCCUCAGCGAACGAGUCAAUGUGUUUCCGCCGGGCAUUAGAGCAUUGGCAACUGUGUGGAUCUAACUUAAAUGACCCUGUGCUAGUUACUUAUGGUCCAACUGGAAACUCUACGCUUGGUGGUGACAGCUGCUUUGCUUCUUGGUACGGAUGUCCAAAACACGGGGGAAAACCAGAAGAUGGGUUCACGGCCGUAAAACAACAUCGAAACGGCCCCGAUGGUUUCCGUUGA